AUGCCCGGACUGAUCGGGCUCUCGCCUAUUCUGGUUACCGGACCCGAAGCCCUUCGCGACAUGCUGAAUACCAACUCUUAUGAUUUUGAGAAGCCAUGGGGCGUUCGUGCGUUUCUAGGACGAGCGAUUGGAUGGGGUCUCAUCAUGAGCGAGGGACCCGCGCACAAGCAUCAGAAAAGGGUCUUGACGCCCGCUUUCCAUGUUCGCAGGAUACGAGAACUGUACAACCUGAUGUGGGAGAAAACACAAAUCCUACUAGAAGAGCUUGAGAAAGACAUCGCGAAGAAUCCCGACGGGGACGAUGGUUUUGGGAUUAUCGAGCUCAGCGAGUGGGCAAGUAAAUUGACAUUGGAUAUCAUCGGUCCUACUGCCAUGGGACGCGACUUCAAGUCAAUGACUUCGGAAUCAAACGAUGUCUCAGAUGCCUUCAUCGAACUUCUUCGACCCGAGUUCAGCCGUCUCGUCUUUUUGGGCAUGCAUUUCAUGAUGCCUGAAUGGCUCAUUCGAAUACUACCAUUCAAAGAGAACAAGACACUGAACGAAAUUGGCACGUUUCUUCGCAGCGUAUGCAGAGAUAUCAUCAAGGAGAAGAAGUUUGAACUGCAAGAAGGCGGUGACCUGUCCGAGCACGAUAUCUUGUCCAGGAUUAUCCAGACCGGUGACUUCACCGACCCAGAGGUUGGCGACCAGAUGCUUACAUUCCUGGCUGCCGGGCAUGAAACAACCGCCAGUGCCCUGACGUGGACCUGCUACCUUUGCGCCAAAUACCCUGAGAUCCAGAAGAAGCUACGAGCCGAGAUCCAUGAGGCGAUACCAGCCCACGACACGGACAUCACCUCGGAACUGCUGGAGGGCAUGCCCUACCUCAACGGCGUGUGCGAGGAGACCCUCCGCCUCUACCCUACCGUGCCGGCCACAGUCCGCGAGGCCAUUAGAGACACCACCGUCGCCGGCUACCAUGUUCCCAAGGGCACCGACUUCCUGCUCGUCCCGUAUGCCAUCAACAGGCACUCCAACUACUGGACUAAUCCGCACAUGAUCGUACCGGAGCGAUGGAUCGACAAGGCCGAAGACGGCACGCUGCGGCCGAAUAAGACGGGUGGCACGUCCACUAACUUUGCCGAGCUGACGUUCCUCCAUGGGCCCCGUGCUUGUAUCGGACGGGACUUUGCCAAGGCUGAGUUGAGGUGUGCUGUUGCUGGUGUAAUUGGCAAGUUUGAGAUUGAGUUGCAUACCAAGGAGGAGCCUAGGGUACAGGGUGUGAUCACGAUGAAGCCUGAAGGGGGUAUGUAUCUGCGAUUCAAGCCUAUUCCCGACUGGUAA